AUGUGUCCAGCACUUUUGGAAAAUGAAGAACGAUGUUUUGGUGGAAUGACAUUUUUUGCCCAAAGUCAUCCAGUUGAAGUUUGUGGUAGUAAUGGUUUACCUCUUACACCAAAUUCAAUAACAAUAUAUGGAAAAUCUCAAUUUCUGAAAACUAUUCAUCACCCAAAUUUGUCUACAUAUCUUGAUAUAAUUAGAAGUAAACAUGAACGGAUAGUAGUUGUUACAGAAUAUAAUGGAGAUCCAUUAAGUAGUAAAGAAAAUUUAAACAUAGAUGAUAUUAUGAAAAUAACAUUUCAAUGCUUGUUAGGUUUGCAACAUAUGAAUAUAUUAAAUUUAGUACACAGACAUCUAAGUUCUGAAAAUAUAUUAAUCAAUAAGAGUGGAAAUGUGCAAUUAUAUAAUUUUGGUUUAUAUUAUAUGACGGAUAAUGGAAAAAAUGUUUCUUUUCCAAUUGGUUACCCAAAAUAUACAGCACCUGAAGUAUUUUUAAGUUCUGGUAUUAGUAGUCCAAAAGUGGAUUCUUGGUCUUUGGGUAUAAUUAUUUCAGAAUCCUUACUAGGAAAGCCAAUAUGGCCAGGUGUGAAAUUAUCCCAAUGUUUGAGAAAGGUUCUCAGUUUAAUACACUGUGAAACUUCAAUUUUUGAGCGUCUUGCAAGAGAAAAUAGUUGUUAUGAAAUUUACAAGGAUUUACCUGAUAAGGUAAAGGAUUUUAUAGAGUCUUGUCUUCAAAUUCAUCCCUCAAAACGUAAAGUACCGGAAGAAUUAUUGAAACUGCCGAUAUUUGAGGAAUUUUUAUUAAAAAAUGAAAAAGAAAAAGAAGACAAUCUUUAUAAGAAUGUUAUUGUUAGAAAAAUGGAUGAAUUAUAUUAUUUGUGGCAAUUAGCUGGAGGAGAUAUCACAGUGGAGCUAAAAAAACAAGGACUUAUUAGAUCAAGACCACCUAUUUUAUCUAUUCCAAAUUUAGUAAUACUUUUAGGUCAAAUGUUUGGCAGAAGAGACACAGCAGGCUUACUUGAUUUACGUGUAGUUAAAGUUCCUCUUGAUACACUACAUCAACGUUUAUCUCAUAUCCCGUAUAUAGCAAAUUAUCCGUGGUUAACAAAUGAGAUGCGCGUUCAGUCGCAAGAAGAUUUAAUAGAUUCUGCUUCACAGUUACCUCUAAUUAUAAGAGAAAGAGAUACAGAAUAUCAAUUUUAUAGGAUUGUUUUAUAUGAUAGAUUACUACAGGUUUAUCCAAUUACUCGGGAAGCAAUCAUUGAAGAAGCACAUAAAGAUAUCCCCCCACCUGUUAGAGGAGCUGUUUGGGCCGCUUUACUUGGUAUUAUUGGUGAUAUUCAGAAACGUUAUGAUAUGAUUGAUAAAGAAACACCCACUCACACAGAUCGACAGAUAGAAGUAGACAUACCAAGAUGUCAUCAGUAUAGUGAAUUAUUAUCAUCUGGUGCUGGCCAUGAGAGAUUACAAAGAUUGCUUAAAGCAUGGGUUCGAAAUAACCCUCACUAUGUGUAUUGGCAAGGAUUAGAUUCAUUAACAGCUCCAUUUCUUUAUCUUAAUUUUAAUAAUGAAGCUAGAGCAUUCGAAUGUCUGUCUGCAUUUAUACCAAAAUAUCUUCAUAAAUUCUUUCUAAAAGAUAAUUCUGCAAUUAUCCAAGAAUAUUUAGGAAAAUUUUCACAAAUUAUAGCUUUCCACGAUCCUCAAUUAGCUAACCACCUUAGAUCGAUCAAUUUUGUACCAGAAUUGUUUGCUAUUCCCUGGUUUUUAACAAUGUUUUCACAUGUAUUUCCUCUUCACAAAAUACUUCAUUUAUGGGAUAAAUUGCUAUUAGGAGAUUCUUCAUUUCCACUUCUAGUCGGGUUAGCGAUAUUAAAACAGCUGCGCGACUCGUUAUUAACUUCAGGUUUCAAUGAGUGUAUUCUAUUAUUUUCUGAUCUUCCUGAAAUUGACAUAGAAUUAUGUGUUAAAGAUUCUAUGAUGAUGUACCAAAAUACACCACCUAGUAUUACUUAUAGAAAACAUCAAUUUAAUCAACCAAAGGAUAUAAAUUGGUCCGAACUCGAACCGGGGACCGAAAAAAUGCCAAGAAUUAGCGUCGAUGACUUUUUAAAUUUAUUAGACAAUAGUCCUGAGAGAUUAAUAGUUGUAGAUGUACGCAAUAACAUACAAUUUGAAAGAGGUGCUGUAGUAGGUAGUAUUAACAUUCCAUUUACAAGUGUACAGCUUUCUCAAACUCAUAUUCAAACACUUGGACCACAUGCAAAACCACUUGUAGAAAAUAAAAACAGUGUUGUUAUAAUUAUCGGACCUCAUGAUCAAAAUAAUGCACUGUUUGCAGAUUUUCUGGUGAAGUGUGGAGUUGUUGGUGUAUGUUCCUUACAAGGAGGAAUUUCUGCCUUACGGUCAAAAUCUCCAAACGUUAUAGUAGCUGCACGUUAA